GUCUACAGCGAUCGCGCACACUCCACACCACACUCCGUCACCCCGCUACAGCGAAUACACAACCAUGACUGAAGCAGCUGCCAACGAUACGCCCACCUUCAAGCUCGUCCUUGUCGGUGACGGUGGAACUGGAAAGACCACAUUCGUGAAGCGCCAUCUUACUGGCGAGUUCGAGAAGAAGUACAUCGCAACCCUCGGUGUUGAGGUCCACCCUCUCGGAUUCACCACCAACCUUGGUCAGAUCCAGUUCGACGUUUGGGACACCGCUGGCCAGGAGAAGUUCGGCGGUCUUCGUGAUGGAUACUACAUCAACGGACAGUGCGGUAUAAUCAUGUUUGACGUUACCUCGCGUAUCACAUACAAGAACGUUCCCAACUGGCACCGUGACUUGGUCCGUGUUUGCGAGAACAUCCCCAUCGUCCUCACUGGAAACAAGGUCGACGUCAAGGAGCGAAAGGUCAAGGCCAAGUCCAUCACUUUCCACCGCAAGAAGAACCUCCAGUACUACGACAUCUCCGCCAAGUCCAACUACAACUUCGAGAAGCCCUUCCUCUGGCUUGCCCGAAAGCUCGUUGGCAACCAGACUUUGGAAUUCGUUGCCGCGCCUGCCUUGGCUCCCCCAGAGGUCCAGGUCGACCAGGCUGUUCUCGAGCAGUACCAGAAGGAGAUGGCAGACGCUGCCCAGAUGCCUCUCCCCGACGAGGACGACGCCGACUUGUAGAUAAAACGACACGAGACAAUGACUCUCUGCUAAUAUGAGAGCUUUUCACGGACAUGACAUGAGGAGGAAAUUUGGGAUACCUGGGCGGAAUAUGCAGAUGAGAUGGGCUCUUCAUGCGAAAGGGAGUCUUGGACAUUACUAGCAACAAAUAUGGUUGGGGAUUCCAAAGUGGAGGAGAAGCCGCAUGGUUGGGAUGUUAAACGGUGCUUCUUAUAAAGAGGGAGAUUGCUGGGCUAGCCGGCGUCUCCAAACCGAAAUAGCUUAGACGGCUCAUCUCGAGACUGCUCUCCAGUCUCGUGUGACCAGUUCCUUUCUGCAG